AGUGCGCAUAUAUACCUUCUAUUGUUGAUGUAUACAUUGUUCUAUGGCGACUACAGUAGUGUUGUGGAAAUGGAUAGCUGAUAUUUGAAGAUCAUGGCAUCUAAGAAACUAACUUCAGAAGAAGCAUUAGCCCUAUAUUUUUCUUUGCCUGAAAAUGCAAGUGAAUCUGAAGAAGAUGGUGACACUUCAGAUGAAGAUGAACCUUUUGUUCCAGUAGCAACUAGAAAUGAAGCACAACAAUCUCCAUCUUCUUCGAGUGUCUGUGACCCAGGAACUUCUACGCAUACGCCUCAAACAAGAGGUUUUGUCCAGCAACAACAAAAAAUAAAUGAAAGCCAAGAGAGGGCAAUAACAAAGUCAGCAAAUAGGCCUACGUGCAGACAAACUCGUGGCCUACAACGAAAAUCAGAUGAAAUGUUAGAUGAAAAUCUAAGUAGGGUUAGUGCAGGCCAAGUUUCUUCAGAUUCAGAAUCUAGUGAGUCAGACGAGUGUGUAGUUCAGAGUAAUGAAGAAAUAUGGUCCCAGAAUGUACCCCAGUUUUAUGAAUCUUUGCCAGAUUUUAGUGUACCUGUGCAACCUAGAAUACAGUCCUUAGACUUGGUUGAGUGUAGCAGCCCAGGAGAAUUUUUCUGUGCCAUUUUUGACAAUGAACUCUUUGAGCACCUAGUGUCUCAAACAAAUACAUAUGCAAAGCAAAAACAGUUGGUCCACUGGACACCAUGUUGUGUUGAGGAAAUGAAAGCGGUGUUUGGCGUGUUGUUGCUAAUGGCUGUUCAUGUGUUACCAUCAUUAGACCAUUAUUGGUCUUCAGACCCACUCUUCAGAGUUGAAUCAAUUUGUCAGACGAUGACUUGUAAAAGAUUUAAAAAAAUCUUAGAAGCAUUGCACUGUAAUGAUAACACAAAGGCCAAAAAGCGUGGAGAAGAAGGGUAUGAUAAACUGUACAAAAUACGGCCUGUAUUUUCUGUUCUUCGAUCUAAAUUUGUGGCACUGUAUACUCCUUCAUCAUGUCACUCAAUUGAUGAGUGCAUGAUACUCUUCAAAGGGCGGUCUUGUAUGAAACAAUAUAUGCCACUAAAACCAAUCAAACGUGGGUACAAAGUGUGGGCGAGAUGUGAUCCACUAACUGGUUUCAUGAGCGAUUUUGAUUUCUACACUGGUAAGGGAACUGAAGUACAUGAACAGGCAUUAGGUUCAACACUUGGUUCAAGAGUAGUUACUAAGCUCUGUUCCAGUUUGUUUGGCAGCCAACAACCUACUCUGAUUGUAUUCGAUAAUUUUUUUACUUCUGUAGAAUUACUGGAGAUACUGUAUCAGAAGAAUCUCUCAGCUGUGGGCACUGUUAGGCAAAACAGACGAGACUUACCACCACUACUAAAGAAGAAGAACAAGUUAGCAAAAGGAGAGCAUGUUUACUCAGUGAAAGCUUUUGUGUGUGCAAUUCAGUGGAAAGACAACAGGCAUGUAAACAUCCUAUCAUCUGCACAUAAUCCUCAAGAUAUUGUCGAAGUGAAACGUACACAGAAUGAUGGUACAAGAACUUUAGUCAAAUGCCCAAAAGCAGUAAGAGAUUACACUAUGUAUAUGAGAGGUGUAGAUCGUUUUGACCAGAUACGUGCAACAUACACUGUGUCACGUCGUUCCAGAAAGUGGUGGCACCGAAUUUUUUAUUUUCUGGUAGAUGCUGCACUUGUGAAUUCGUUCAUUUUGUACACACUUUCUGGUGACAGAGGUCAAAUUUCAUGCAAACAUCUUGACUAUCAUAUCAGUGUUGCAAAGCAUUUGAUUGGUAAUUUUUCUUCUCGAAAACGGAAAGGUCCUAUUUCUGCCAACUAUUUGAAAAAACGCUUCCAUAAAGAUGGCAAACCCCUUGGAGUUCCUUUAGAAACUAGGUUUUCAAAUGUUGGUGUACAUCUACCUGUUGAAUUGGCAUCAUUCAGAAGAUGCAGACUGUGUUCCUCCAGUAAACACGAAAAAAGGACAAGAGUUGGUUGCAGUCAGUGUGAUGUACCACUCUGUAGUGUCCCGUGCUUUAAGACAUUUCAUACAAAGUGAAGAAUUUUGCUGGAACAUGAAAAAAGCAGUUAAGAUUUGUGUCUUUUUGUAGGCCAUGGGAAUAUUAUUCCCACUUGUUAAAUAUUUGAGCAGGCCAUGGGAAAUAAUUUCCCAUGCUAUUUUGAAAAAACUAACGCAAAACAUUGUUAUAUAAGGGUUUUGUGUAUGAUACUAUUUCCACUGUAUUGUAAAUAAAGUAAUAAAACUGUCUAAAUAUAACAUUUCAUAGUACUGCCUUAUAAAGGGUUAAGGUUACAGUCUUCCAAGA